AUGGCGGUGCCGAAGCGUGCCGCGUCUGCGGGGCUCCCAAGUGUGCAAGACACCUCUGCCACUCUCCAGCAAGACACCUCUGCCACUCUCCAGCAAGACACCUCUGCCACUCUCCAGCAAGACACCUCUGCCACUCUCCAGCAAGACACCUCUGCCACUCUCCAGCAAGACACCUCUGCCACUCUCCAGCAAGACACCUCUGCCACUCUCCAGCAAGACACCUCUGCCACUCUCCAGCAAGACACCUCUGCCACUCUCCAGCAAGACACCUCUGCCACUCUCCAGCAAGACACCUCUGCCACUCUCCAGCAAGACACCUCUGCCACUCUCCAGCAAGACACCUCAGUAACGCCCGCAAGAUGCGGAGCGUGCUUCAGAAGGGGUACACACCUACACCCACCCACACUCCUCGCCCUUUCAUGCACGCACCUCUGCCAUUCUCCAGCAAGACGCCUCAGUCGCGCCUGCAAUAUGCUGAGCGUGCUUCUCAGAGGGGGAAUGCCAUUCCCCCAUGCACGCGCUUCCCCUCCCCCAUGCACGCGCUUCCCCUCCCCCAUGCACGCGCUUCCCCUUCCCCAUGCAUGCACUUCCCUUCCCCAUGCACGCGCUUCCCUUCCCCAUGCAUGCGCUUCCCUUCCCCAUGCACGCGCUUCCCUUCCCCAUGCAUGCACUUCCUGCCCCCCAUGCACGCACUUCCUGCCCCCCAUGUAA